CCAGGGGAGAGGAGGAGGGAUUCAUUCAUUUCCUAGUGUUCGCUGUGAUGGUCAAAACACAAUUAAAACUUAUAAAACAUUUAAUGAAAACGUUUCACAUUAGUAAUUUAGCCGAACAUUGAUGAAUGUGAUUUCAUUUUAACACAAAAGGUAGGCAUGCAUGGUGAGAGUUUGAGAAUAGUUCAUUAUAAUUAAUGUCUCCGGCUCUCCGUAGAUUCGAGGUCGUCUCGGCUCUGUUUCAUAUUCCGUGAUCUUUAAAGAUUUUACACGAAGGGAUCUAUCUGCGAUUGCCAUCUGACUAGAUCAGUCAUAUCAAGUGAUAAAUCGUUCCAAACUUUUUUGGCGGUGCUGCCAGUUUGGCUAUGCGCAUGUGCGAAGGUGUCCAAACUGACAAUGCUGGAGAGAUAGCGAGUCUGGAUUGAGAAACACAGAGAAAAAAGAAAAAGGAGGAAAAGAUCCAAGAAAAAAUCUAACAAACCCACGCCGAAGGACUGGCAUCAUGAGGUCCAAAGGCAGGGCACGGAAACUGGCCACAAGUAAUGGUGAGGACUUUGUCCUCUACCCCUCUGAUGUCCUGGAUGAUGUGUGUGUACCGGACGGAGACCCCGCGGUACCAACCUCGGCCCCCCCAGCAGAGGACUCCCCCUCCCCUGGCUUCUCUGCUGAUGAUGAUGCCUCUCCCCUGGAGCCAUCCCCCUUCCACUCUGCCCUCUACAUGCCCCAGGACGAGAUGCCCAUUCCCGCCGACUUCCAGCUGCGCCAGUCGGGCGUCCCCGGUGUCGGCGGCGGCCUGGGCAUCUGGGCACAGAGGACGGUGGACGUGGGCGAGCGCUUAGGACCAUACGUGGGCGAGCAGCGGGUGUGCCUGAGACACCCCACCCAAGGCUGGGAGAUCUUGGACGGGUCGGGCCAUGUAAAGUUCUGUGUGGAUGCCAGCGAGCCUGAUAUCGGGAGCUGGCUGAAGCACAUCCAGUUUUCCCCCACGGCCCACCAACACAACCUGACGCCGUGCCAGAUAGAUGAUCAGAUUUUCUACAGAGUGACUCGAGAGAUCCAACCAGGAGAGGAGCUGCUUCUGUACAUGAAGGCAGAGGAUUAUUCAUGUGACAGCAUGGCUCCUGAUAUGCACGAGGAGAGACAGUAUCGCUGUGAGGAUUGUGACCAGCUCUUUGAGUCUGUCUCUGAGCUGCUGGACCACCAGAAGGUUCCGUGUGGGACACCCACCUCAGCCUUCCUGGGGAACCCUGGAGGGGACAGUAGUGACCUGGAAGGCCCCGAAGGCCUGGAGCCCCACGACCUGCACCUGUCCCACAGCCUCAGCCACGACGGCCACGACCACGACGGCCCCCAGGAGUGUAAGGAGUGUGAUCAGGUGUUCCCCGACCUCCAGAGUCUGGAGGCUCACUCUCUGUCUCACUCGGAGGAGAGGGAAUACAAGUGUGACCAGUGCCCCAAGGCCUUCAAUUGGAAAUCCAACCUGAUUCGUCAUCAGAUGUCACAUGACAGUGGCAAGCACUACGAAUGUGAAAACUGCACAAAGGUACAGUCAUGUACCUGCUCAAAGCAGGUGUUCACAGACCCCAGUAACCUGCAGAGGCACAUCCGCUCGCAGCACGUGGGGGCGCGGGCUCACGCCUGUCCCGAUUGCGGGAAGACCUUUGCCACGUCCUCUGGCCUGAAGCAGCACAAGCACAUCCACAGCAGUGUCAAGCCCUUCAUAUGUAAGUCACUCAGACCCUUCAUAUGCGAGGUGUGCCACAAGUCCUAUACGCAGUUCUCCAACCUGUGCCGCCACAAGCGCAUGCACGCCGACUGCCGUACCCAGAUCAAGUGUAAGGACUGUGGUCAGAUGUUCAGCACCACCUCCUCCCUCAACAAGCACCGGCGCUUCUGUGAGGGCAAAAACCAUUUCACGGCAGGGGGGUUGUUCGCCCAUGCCCAAGGCAUGUCCCUCCCCGGUGUCCCUGGUGCCAUGGACAAGGCCGCUAUGGGUGGGAUGGGGCACAGCAGUGCCAGCCUGGCAGACUACUUUGGGAACCGGCACCACAGUGGCCUGACGUUUCCAUCCGCCCCUGGCUUCCCCUUCAGCUUCCCGGGCCUGUUCUCUUCUGGACUGUACCACCGACCCACCCUCAUCCCGGCCACCUCCCCAGUCAGACGGCCCCCAGGUCCAGGUACGGAGCACAGCAAGGGCCCCCUCCUGUCGCCCAGCCCCAGGGCCCAGGAGGCCAGAGAGCUGCUCAAGACCCUCCGCAAGGAGGCAUCACCCGGCAACGAGCAGCCUCAGGGGACAGAGCAGCGACAGGCCCAGGGCUCCUCCUCCAAGCAGCGGCAUGGCGGCGGCAAGUUGAGCAGCCAAUCAGAGAGCAGCGACCUGGAUGACGUGAGCACGCCCAGUGGGAGCGACCUGGAUACCACGUCAGGCUCGGAGCUGGAGAGCGACAUGGAGAGCGAAGGCCAGCGGGAGAGGGCACCCCGGGAGAACGGGAAGGGGCCCAAGAGGAAGGCGGGCGGAGGCCCCCAGAGCCCCACCAUCCUGACCAGUAACCAUACUAAGGAGUUCCAAGGCGGCCCCGCCUUAUUCCCUCCCUCGCUGGACGAGCACACGGCUGUCUCAGGGGCGGUCAAUGACUCCAUCAAGGCCAUCGCCUCCAUCGCUGAGAGGUACUUUGGCUCCACGGGGCUGGCGGGCCUGCAGGACAAGAAGGUAGGCACCCUGCCCUACCCCUCCAUGUUCCCCCUGCCCUUCUUCCCAAACUUCUCCCCGCCCGUCUACCCCUUCCCAGAGAGAGAGCUCAGACCUCCAGGCCUCAAGGGGGAGCCCCAGUCCCCACCUGACGAACCCACCAAGAAAGGCCAGAGCAGGACCUCUGAGUCGCCCUUUGACCUUACCACCAAGCGCAAGCAGGAGGAGAAGGUCCCCGCCCCAUUUACCCCCGUCUCCAAUUCCAAACCGGAGGCCUCCUCACGUUCCACCAAUCAGGACCAGCCGCUGGAUUUGAGCAUGGGCGGCACGAGGCACCGUAGCAGUAGCCGCACCUCCCGGAGGGAGGAGUUGAAGAAGAUCCACGUGUUUGGAGAAGACACGGCAGGGGUGGAGCUUCCUAAAGCCGACACCUCUCUGCAGCACGCUAGGCCCACCCCCUUCUUCAUGGACCCAAUCUACAGCAGGGUUGAGAAGAGGAAGAUGAACGAUCCGUUUGAGGCUCUGAAAGACAAGUACAUGCGGCCCGCCCCCGGCUUCCUCUUCCAUCCACAGUUUCGUAUGCCAGAUCAGAGAUCCUGGAUGUCGGCCAUUGAGAACAUGGCGGAGAAGCUGGAGACGUUUGGUUCGCUUAACCCCGAGUCAGGUGACCUGAUGCGCUCCGUCCCCUCCAUGUUUGACUUCCGAGCCCCGCCCACUGCCCUCCCCGAGACGCUACUGCGCAAGGGCAAGGAGCGCUACACCUGCAGAUACUGCGGUAAACUAUUCCCACGGUCUGCCAACCUGACCCGCCACUUAAGGACACACACGGGAGAGCAACCGUACAGGUGUAAGUACUGCGACCGCUCGUUCAGCAUCUCCUCCAACCUGCAGCGCCACAUCCGCAACAUCCACAACAAGGAGAAGCCCUUCAAGUGUCACCUGUGUGACCGCUGCUUCGGCCAGCAGACCAACCUGGACCGUCACCUCAAGAAGCACGAGAACGGUAACCUCUCAGGCACGGCUGCGUCCUCCCCUCGGUCAGAGCUGGACAGCAGCAGUGCCAUCCUGGACGACAAAGAGGACUCCUACUUCAACGAAAUACGAAACUUUAUCGGCAACACAGGCCAGAACCAGCCAUCCCCUGACCAUUCUGAGGAAGGGUUGAACGGGGGUCCUUUCGAGGAGGAGAAGCCCCUGAUGGCCAGCCACGGGUCACAUGACCUGGAGGAGGGGGAGGGAGAGGAGCUUGCCGCCGAGGAGGAGGAGGAGGAGGAAGGGGAGCAGAGCGACUCCGCUGCUGGGAAACCUAGAGACGAAGCUCCCCCCAGCAACCUAGAUGAUGACAUCAUACACAACGAAAUAGAAUUUGACGGACCUAGCGAUUUGGACCUCAACUGCAAGACCUCCCCAAGGAGGGAUUCGGUUGUCUCCCUCCUCUCCAGCUAUGAGGAGGAAGAGGAUCAGAGUAGCUACUCUGCGCUGGAUCACAUCCGUCACUUCUCUGACAUGCAUAAGAUGGAAGACAGUGAGUUCAGUGACGGGGACGGCACCGCCUUCGGCUCCCCCAGCCUGCCUGAGGCCGUCAAACAGCCCCUGUACAGGAAAUCCAAGUCCCAGGUGGAUGCGUACGCCAUGAUGCUGUCUCUGGCUGACAAGGACGCACUCCACCCAGCCAACCACACACCAGCCACCAUGUGGCACAGCCUGGCGCGGGCCGCUGCUGAGUCCAGUGCCAUCCAGUCCCUCAGCCAUGUAUGAUACCCCAAUCCCUGACCUCUAACCCCCCCCCCCCCCCCGACCCCAACCUAUCGCACUGGGAGCCCUUGGGGGCCAUCAGCGGGGCCCCUGGCCCUUGGCCCGUCACAGACUGCCGAGCAGAACCACGGCCCAUCUGACUGCUGAGCAGAAUGCCUUACACACGAGCAGGGUCACCGUCCACAGAGAACCGCCCAGCCCUCCAAGAGAUCCAACAAAACAUCCCUCCUGUGACCUUAAAUUCAGUCAUUAUGUUUAUUAUCGACGACAAUGAUGAUGAUAGUGAUUAUUGAUUAUGGUGAAAAUAAAAAUGAUAAAUAAUAAUAGCUGUAUUUAUUCUGGUGAGUUUCUAUGUUUUGCACAGCAGCGGCGGCUGGUAGGAGGGAUGAUGGAGAUGGUUUUGUUAGAUGUUACAUUGCUAGAGCAUGUCAUGUGUCCACUCAGUGGAACUGUGUCACGUGUCCACUCAAUGUCAUGUGUCCACUCAGCUGAGAACAUUUGUCCUCUGUGUGAUGUUGUUUGUAUUUGGAGAACCCAUUCGGGACCGCGGUCCAACCACGGUUUGAUAUGUGUACAGAGUACAGACCCUACCUAGCCCCACAUAGGCCAACCUAUUCUUACCAGGCCUCACCUAACCACCCCUAGCUCCAUCUAGAAUCACAUAAUCCUACCUAGACCUACCAUGCCACAAUACAGCUAACUCACCCCACAUUGCCCAACCUAGACGGAGACCUGGCCUUCAGACCAUCUCAGCUGGAUUGGAGUAUCAGUGAAAUAUGUUAUGAGAAUGAUUCCCUUUAACCCCUGGAUAUAAACAGGUGUUUUCCAUCAACAUGUACUUAUAUAAAUGCUAGGAUACUUGGAAGGGUGGUGCUGAGUAAAGACUCGGGUCCAAAUGAACCACACCUCUCCGAGAAAGAUGGUGCUACAAACGCAUUACGACAAGAUUGUUGAUAAAUGAAGAACAAAAGAAAAAGAAACAUUGAAAACGGAGAAAAAUCGGACUGGUUUUACCACCUAAGAAGGAGUUUGCAUAGCUGCGUGUGUCUGCACAAUCACAGAACUGUACACGAGUGUCUGCAAACUGCGGCUCUGAAGCUGCACUCGGUCCCACCCUGCUGCGCUCUCUGUGAAAGGAUCUAAGUAGUUUGUCGUUUUUAGCGGAAGAAAAGAAGAAACCACAAUCUUUUUUUUUACUCUGAAAAAGUAGCAAGUGCUGAAGUUUAUCGUUAUUAAACAGUAAAAAGGGCAUCUCUCCCCCUUUCUCGAAACCCCAAACUCAUCGUAGUCGGCCAACGAUACCACUAAUUAGCCUAAAUGCUAGUCGUUAGCUACCCCCAUCCUCGUGUCUUUCAUUUUUUAGACAAUCAUGUUUUUUUGUUGUUUUUUUUUUCUACAUUUUUAUUGUUGUUGUUGAUGUUAUUGCUGUUGUAUGUUGAGAAUUGUAUUUAUUUCUUGGCAAACUGUAGUUUGUUUACUGAAUAGCACUGCUCUUACCCAUAGUGAAGGGGAGAUUCCUCACUGGGGCCUACUCCAGAACUCAAUGGGGUUUGUAGAUGACGUUUGAGUGCCGGAUAGUAUUAAACAUACCAUUCACUCUUUAUUCUUCUAAUGAAACUGGUUGAUGAUGAAUAGAUAUUACUUUGGGGUUUUUUGUACGACAAUUUAAUGAUCCAAUUGUAAAUGGAAAAAACAAACAUUAUAAAGACAUGAACAAAUAAAAAGAUGCCAGGUAUAAGUUCUUCAUAAUCGCAUGAUUGGUCUCCAUAGAUCUGUAUCUGACAGUUUUCUACGGUGGUCUGCAAGCUUGUGUGACGUUCAGUCAAUGUUAAUCCCUUGUGCCAAACCUAUAAUAAAUUUCAGAUUAUAUUCAUUUAUCCUCCCAUUUUGAGGGACCAGAUUGUUUGUUUGUUUUUUGUUUGUUUUUUGUCAUUGAUGUUUUUGUUUUUGUUUAUAAUCCAUUUUAAAAAGUAAUCAGCAAGUUGAGGUACUUUGUUUUAAUGCUUUCUACAAUGUAACUGUAAUGCAUUUCAAUUCAAUACUGUGGGAGGAGCAACUAAAAAAUAAAGGACUACAAUGUGGAUUAA